AUGAACUCCGCGAGAGACUUCGAAGUGGAGACGCCGAUUGAAAAAAUGAUCAAGACCUACAGCGACUUUUCAAAGGACCAUAUUUUUCCUCGUUUUAAUCAGGUUGACGAUGAAGUCAGUUUCCACCACGAUGAAGGCUAUUUCAACGACACGAUAAACUGGUGUCUUUUUGCCGAGAUUAUAGAAGCCGAGACCAUUAUCCGCUUGCGCCUGGUCUGUAGCGACGAAAACAAAAGAGACUUCGUUGUCGCCUUUUACCCAGGCCAAGGUGUGCCGGUCGAUCCUCGUCCGUACAAGGUCGGACACACUAUUGCAAUACUGAACGCCAAAUCCAAAACUUUCUUGGAUCAAACCGAUGGCAUUCGCGUGGAGAAGCUAGAGACUUGUCGGGCCUUUCCCAUCAAAUUGGCAGACUUGUACCUUUUGAACACAGAGCUCAUUAAGUACACUCGAGGAAUUGACGAGAGAAAGGGAACUCAGCAGUGCCAUGCCUGUGACAAGAAAGGCCAGAAGCUCAAGAAGUGCGGCGGCUGCGGCUAUUACUACUAUUGCGAUGCGGCUUGCCAGAAGACGGCUUGGGAGGCCAAGGGCCACAAAAAGGCCUGCAAGGUCCUCAAGAAUCCUAACAUGAAGAUGUUGUUGAAUCUAGGAAUCGCCACCGAAACUGUCCAGUUCAAAGACUGA